AUGAACAAUUGGUUUUAUAUGGAUCGAAUAACAUUUGAAAAUCUUCUUAAUGAUGAAUUAGGUCCAAAACUUACGAAAAAAUUAUUAUUACUCGAUUUUGAUCUUGCAAUAUCAUUUAUGAUUGGUGAAACAUCAAAUGAAAUUUUAACAAAAAUUCAACAAACAUUUAGUCGUAAAAUAUGUCGUAAAAUAAUUUGCGAUGAACAUUGUAUAUUAUGUUCAUUCAAUCCAUCAACUUAUGCAAAAUUAAGUUGGUUUGUUCAACGUCUACUUGUUAUGAGUCCAUUAAGUAAACCUUUUAUUAAACAAAUUUCAUUAUCAAAUGAAGAUUCUUCGUAUAUACAAGAUAAAAAUAUUACAAAUGAUUAUAAUUCUAUUGAAAAAAAUUUAUCGAAUAUUAAUAUAAACAAAAAUAUUAGAAAUAUAUCGAUAGAAAAUUCAAAUAAUAAUUGUUCAGAAUGUGAAAAAUUGACAAUUAUUAUAUUAUUUAUUCUCUUUAUUUUUGGUUUUAUCAUUUUUCAUGCUAUCUUCAUUUAUUGA